AGGUUCUGUAUAAUACAUAUGUCACUGAUAGUUUUGGUCAGCGGCGCGGAUCCGUUGUUGGGGUAUGAUGCUGACCCAACCCAAGUAUCAGUCAGUGGUCUCGGAGGUGGCGCCUAUAUGGCAGUACAGGUACAGGUAGCGUAUUCUUCCCGUAUAAUGGGUGCUGGCACACUGGCAGGAGGACCAUACCAUUGUGCGCAGGGUAGUACGUUAAAAGCUGUGGGUGAAUGUUCAGACGAACCAGAGAAGAUAGUACUAGAUGAUCUUAUAGCGUUUACGUAUGAAGCAGAAGCCAGCGGUGACAUUGAUCCCGUAUCCAAUCUUGCAGACGACCAUGUGUACUUGUUCAGUGGCACUUUGGACACCACGGUCGUACAAGGCGUUGUCAAACAACUCGAAAGCUACUACACAGAGUUUAUUCCUUUGUCCCAAAUAGCGACAAAGUAUGACGUAGCAGCUGAUUUCGCUAUGAUUACGGAGCACUACGGGAAUGCGUGCGAUACAAGCAGAACUCCUUACAUCAAUGACUGUGAUUUGCCAGAAGCGUUUAAUUUAUUGAACCAGAUAUAUGGCAAUCUUCAGGAACCGUUGUCUUAUGGUGGCGUACUGUCCGGCCAGCUAUUAGAGUUUGACCAGACGGAACUGGAACCUUCCGGUGUUGGGACAUCUAGUUUAGAUGACACGGGAUACAUCUAUGUACCGGAUAAAUGCAAUGACUACGCAGGAUGUAAAGUACAUAUUGUAUUCCAUGGUUGUGACCAAGGCAGAGAAGUGCUUGUAGACGAAUUUGCGUUGAAUUCUGGGUAUAAUGAAGUUGCAGAUUUAAAUAAUAUCAUCGUAGUGUAUCCACAGGCUGUGUCGUCGAUUGGAAAUACUAGAGGAUGUUUUGAUUGGUGGGGUUACACCAAUGCUAGUUAUGAUCUUAAAUCCGGGAGACAAAUGGAAUUUGUGAAGAAUAUCAUCGACCGCGUGGUCUCUGUAUAUGGUAUAUGCGAGGUGAUGGAGUCACAGUUGGUGCACUAUCAGUGCGUGUUACCGGAACCGGAACCCACUUUGCCGGUUGUUUCUACAACGUGCAUUCCUCGACCAGCAGUUUAAUCUCAAGUCGUUGAACGUUGAAUAUUUGAG